CGGGGCGCGGGAGGCGGCAGGCCGCUUACAUGGCGCGGCGCUGAGGGACCCGCCGGCGGCACACCGCCACCACGACCUGGAGGACGAGGCGCCGCCAGCCCUGCCCUGCCCCGGACUUAAAAUGGCAGCAGAAGAUUCCUAAUUAUGGGAGUAUCUGAUCCCCAAAUGUUUGAAAUGGAUCAAGUUCUGGGAAUGAAGCAUUAUUUAAUAGUACAAAUUACAUCCACUUCAGGACUUACCAAUGCGAACAGCAGAUGGACCAUAUCUUCAAAUCAUAGAACAGCCAAAACAGAGGGGGUUUCGUUUUCGAUAUGUGUGUGAAGGACCUUCACAUGGUGGACUUCCUGGUGCUUCUAGUGAAAAGAACAAAAAAUCUUACCCUCAGGUCAAAAUCUGCAAUUAUGUUGGACCUGCAAAAGUAAUUGUCCAGUUAGUAACUAAUGGGAAAUACGUCCACUUACAUGCUCACAGCUUGGUGGGUAAAUUUUGUGAAGAUGGAGUGUGCACAGUUAAUGCAGGACCUAAAGAUAUGGUUGUAGGGUUUGCAAAUCUUGGAAUACUUCAUGUCACAAAGAAGAAAGUGUUUGAAACUCUGGAAACACGCAUGAUAGAUGCUUGCAAGAAGGGAUACAACCCGGGACUCCUGGUGCAUCCUGAACUUGGCUAUCUGCAGGCAGAAGGAUGUGGAGACAGACAGCUAACUGAACGAGAGAGAGAAAUUAUCCGCCAGGCAGCGAUACAGCAGACGAAAGAAAUGGAUCUCAGCGUCGUGCGUCUCAUGUUUACAGCCUUUCUUCCCGACAGUAAUGGCAGUUUCACACGGAAACUCGAUCCCGUUAUAUCAGAUGCAAUAUAUGACAGCAAAGCUCCCAAUGCCUCCAUUAAAAUUGUAAGAAUGGACAGAACAGCAGGGUGUGUGACAGGAGGGGAAGAGAUUUACCUUCUCUGUGACAAGGUUCAGAAAGAUGAUAUUCAAAUACGUUUCUGAGAGGAUGAGAAUGGUGGUAUGUGGGAAGGCUUUGGAGAUUUUUCUCCUACAGAUGUACACAGACAGUUUGCUAUUGUGUUCAAAACCCCCAAGUAUCGCGAUGUCAAUAUCACAAAGCCGGCGUCUGUGUUUGUACAACUGCGGAGGAAAUCGGAUCUGGAAACAAGCGAACCAAAGCCUUUCCUCUACUACCCGGAAAUUAAAGAUAAAGAAGAAGUGCAAAGGAAACGACAGAAGCUCAUGCCUAACUUCUCUGAUGGCUAUGGUGGAGGCAGUGGCACCGGAGGUGGUGGCAUGUAUGGAGGGGGAGGUGGCGGUGCUGGCUCUGGGUUCAGUUAUCCUUCAUAUGGAUACUCUGCUUUUGGAGGGAUGCACUUCCACCCUGGCACAACAAAGUCCAAUGCUGGAAUGAAACAUGAAGGACUAUCAAAUAGCACAGCUGAACAAACCAGGAAGAGCUCUGAUAAACAAAGUGACAAAUGGGACACAAAACAUGAUGUGAAGGUGGAAACUGUGGAGAGGACUGUGUGCAGAAUGUCUGCUGAUAAUGAGGAGAAGGAGGAUGCUGCUUCUUCCUGUAAAACUGAAGUAACCGAAGCAGAUUUCAGGUGGCAGGAUUCUCUGUUCCUGGAGAAGGCCAUGCAGCUUGCCAAGCGUCACUGCAAUGCUCUCUUUGAUUAUGCUGUGACUGGAGAUGUGAAGAUGCUGUUGUCUGCUCAGCGCCAUCUCACUGCUGUCCAGGAUGAUAAUGGAGACAAUGUCCUUCAUUUAGCAAUUAUCCACCUUCAUAGUGAGCUGGUGAAAACUCUUGGAAGUGAUGCCAGAUUGAAUUACAAUGACAUCAUUAACAUGCGAAAUGACCUCUAUCAGACCCCCUUGCACCUGGCAGUAAUCACAAAGCAGGCAGAGGUGGUAGAAGACUUGCUGAGGGCUGGAGCAGAUGUCAGCCUCCUGGAUCGCCAUGGUAAUUCUGUCUUACAUUUAGCUGCUACCGAAGGAGACGACAAGAUCUUGAGUCUGCUCCUCAAGCAUGAGAAGAUCUCUCCGAUGGUCAACCUUUCCAAUGGUGAAGGUCUCAGUGCAAUUCACAUGGUAGUGAUGGCAAACAGUAUGUCCUGCCUCAAACAGCUGAUUGCUGCUGGAGUUAAUGUCAAUUCUCAGGAACAAAAAUCUGGACGAACUGCAUUGCAUUUGGCUGUUGAACAAGAGAACAUCCCUUUGGCAGGCUGCCUUUUGCUUGAGGGUGAUGCAGAUGUGGACAGCACUACAUAUGAUGGGACGACUCCACUUCACAUAGCAGCUGGAAGGGGCUCUACAAAACUGACAGCAGUUCUCAAAGCAGCAGGUGCAAAUCCUCACAUUGAGAACUUUGAGCCAUUGUUUGAUCUAGAUGAUGUGAAAGAUGCUGAAGAUGAUGAUGAAGGGAUUGUGCCUGGAACAACACCGCUGGAUAUGGCAGCCAACUGUGAGGUGUACGACAUAUUAAAUGGGAAACCCUACCAGUCAACAGAGGUUUCAGAGGAGUUGCUGACACGAGGAAACUUGAGAGAGCUGAAUGAAAGUUCCAAGAUGCAGCUUUAACUAUUGGAAGUGCCUGAUCCUACCAAAAACUGGUCCACUCUAGCACAAAAACUGGGUCUUGGCAUACUUAAUAAUGCCUUCAGGUUGAGCCCUUCUCCAUCAAAAACUCUGCUAGAUAACUAUGAGGUCUCUGGUGGUACAGUUCAGGAGUUGAUCGCUGCUUUGAGACAGAUGAAUCACACAGAAGCCAUUGAAGUCAUUCAGGAAGCACUAUCCAUCUCACACACAGCAUACUCAAGCCACACAAGAAUAACAUAUUUCCUUUUUCUCUCUCCCUCAGGUGAGCUUUAUAACAGCAAAUUUCAAGACAACGAAAGCACGUGUGACAGCGGUGUGGAGACCUCGUUCCGCAAACUGAGUUUUACUUAUUCAGACUCUCUGAACAGCAAGUCAUCACUAACACUGAGCAAAAUGGCCCUGGGCUACGGACAUGAAAGUUCAGUCCAAAGCAAUUAUAUAGCCGAAUAGUAAUGUUCAAUUAGCAAUAUGCAGUUACAGGAACAAAUGCAACAUUAAAAAUUACAUCAGUGUCGUCCUGGUCAGAGGGAAGUGAAUUCACAACCAAAAGUGCACUGGAAGAAUCCCACCCGAACCAGAAGCAAUGGCAACUUCAGCAUGCAACUCCUAGGCACUGCUUCCUUCCUCAAGUACAUUUAAUUUUAUUAAUUUACAAGCCAUAUACAAUAACCAGGGCUCUACAGCCAUAUUAAUACACAGGAUUGGACGCUAUGAAAGACUGACUGAGCUUUUCUGGGUUGUGAGGAUUUUCUUUUACAGAUGAAAGUCACUCCUUAAAGCAUAAUAUGAACUCAAAAAAGAGGUAAGGCACACAGAACAAUCAAAGGAUACAGUUUCUAGCCGGUCUCUUCAUAAUUUUUGCAGCACAGUUGCACGAAAAAAGCUCCUAAUAUAGCUGGCAAAGAAAAAUCAUUAAUCGUAACAGUGACAAUUCAGAGAAAAAAAGAAAAUCC